AUGCUGCUUAGUGGAUGUUCAUGUAUUACGGUAGAUCGCCCGAACAUCGUCGGACAGAACCAUCCUUCCUCACUGGCUUCUACCAAUGGACCGUCAAGAAGAAAUAGCAGCAUUACUGGAGCAGCGACGGCCAACGAAUCGUCGACCCCGGUGCCUAUUUCUGAUCUCUCCCAUAUGGCGUUUCAGUCAUUGAUGAAAUUGGAUAAUCAUGACCACGCUCAGAACCAAGCCAAGAAAGUCAAGCGAAGGAAGCGUCGUAAAAGUACGAAACAUCGGCUGCGUCAACGACAGAACAGAAACGAGAGGGAAAGGCUGCAAGUGCCGCAGACCCAACGGAUGCCUCCGGACAAGCCUGGAAUGGUCAUCGCAACGGCUGACGCCUUCCAGAAAGACAUGUGCCGCACGAUGCGUCUGAAACAAAGGAUUAGCGUACGUGGAUGUGUCUCAAAAACGGUCGUCAAUUCAUUUUGUUAUGGCCAGUGUAAUUCUUUUUUCAUUCCUGAGCCCAGAGGAUUCGGAACUCGUCUUCGGCCGGCAUUUGAGUCUUGCUCCGUCUGCAAACCGAGGGAGCUGACCCGCAUAACGAUUAAGCUGCACUGUCCUAUGAGAGAACGGACCGUCUUGACUCGCACGUACCUGAAAGUAAAGCGUUGCGUUUGCACUCCCCAGUUUGUGGAAGAAAUGCGUUCUGCACAAGAGUUUCUGCUACGCCAAGGCCGAAGGAAGUGCCAGAAGUCAGACGCACAGGUUUUCAGGCAUCGCUUCCACGAGGUUCCGGAGGUCGCUGUAGUUUCAAUGGCAUCGUCUGCACAGUUUUCGGAGCCAAUGGCUUCCUUGGUCGUCGGAUCGUGA